AUGUCUAGUUCCAAUAUUACCACCCCGCCCACUGCUGCAUCGCCUCCGUCUUUGACGUCUGUAAUUUCCACCACCUCUCCAGUGCGUGACCCUACCACAUCUUUGACAUCAUCAUCUACGGCGCCCCCGAUCACUACAUCCCAAAUAGUUCCUACCACAACAACUCAACCAACAACGUCUCCAACCCCAACAUCCCCAGCCACUACGCCAACCACCACCACCUUGACAACCCCUUCUAUUGUCACGGCAACUCAAGCACCAAUCACAAGUACCUUCGAAACUGUCAUUGUAACUACUGUUUCGCCAUCAAAUGAAACUCCUCGGACAGUCACGCAAACCAUCACUUCGACCAAUAUCACCCCAGGAGGUGUAGCGACAAAUCUAUCAUCAUCUGUUUUUACAUCUAGCGCCGCAACUACCGGCACUUCUACCGCGGAGCAACCGACCAGCUCUUCAGCGGAAAACUCUAAUGCCGGAGGUGGGGGGUUGAACGGAACAGCAAAAGUAGUGGUUGCCGUAAUUGUUCCUAUUAUUGGUGUUGCGUUUGUUGCAAUACUUGUGUUGUUUUUAUGGAAGAGGCGACAAAAGACCAGGGCUGAUGCAGAAGCCAGGAGGAAAGAGGUUGAGGAAUACGGAUACAAUCCCAAUAAUGAUCCCCACGGGGGCGCGGCAUCAACGGCGGCGGGUGUUGGGGUCGCUCGGAGCAAUAGUAACGGUGAAGAAACUCUUUACGAAAUGACAGAAAGCGAUGGAGCUGGUUAUAGAGGAUGGGGGUCGACAAACGGAGGGAGGAAAGCGUCAAAUAUGGGCUCGAGUGUGGGGACUAGCGUACCAAUGUCCCCUGUUGGGAUGGCAUUUUCGGAUGGGGGUUUCACUCAACAGCAACAGCAACAGCAGCAGCAGCAGCAACAAAAUAUCAUUGGCCCCGUCCCAGAUGGGUAUACGGGCGUAGCGACUUCGCCUAGUACAUCUACCUUCCCUGCGGGCAACUCACCUUCUGUUGAUGGUUCAAAUGCUCCUUUGAUACAUGGGAGUCGGCCUUUAACAGCAGACUCUAGUGUAAUUGGAGCCAUGAAUGGUCCUGUCGCGGCGGAAAAUUCCGGGGGAAUUCAUAGAGGCAUUUCUAAUGCAUCUUCAAAUUAUUCCGCCAUGACUCAGUCAGAUCAAUCUGAUGUUGGUCAACCCAUGUCCCAUCACGAUGCCCAAUACUAUGGUGUGGAUGAUGGGAAGUUCGGAAAAACCUUAGCAAAGCGGCAAUUGGACAUUCCCGAGUAUGCGGCCAGCUUUGUCAACUACAAAGCUCUCAAAAAGCUUAUCAAAUCGCUGGGCGCUGGAGUAAAGGCACCAGCUCCUCCAGUACCUUUCCAAAGCCCGGGAGGUCGUUCCUUCAGUAACCCACAGGCUACCUUGCAAGCAAAUAAAGCCACCUUCUUUUUUAAACUGGAAAGAGAGCUGGAGAAGGUGAAUACGUAUUAUUUGCAUAAAGAGGCUGAACUGAAACUGCGGUUGAAAACAUUGAUAGACAAGAAGAGACUUAUACAAUCCAGGAGCGAGACUACCUCUAAAAUUUCAGCAACAUACAUUACUUUGCAGGAGGGAUUCCGACAAUUUCAACAUGACCUAAGCAAGUUACAGCAGUUUGUUGAAGUCAACGCUACCGCAUUUUCGAAGAUUUUAAAAAAGUGGGAUAAAUCGUCGAAGUCACGGACAAAGGAGCUUUAUCUUUCUAGAGCGGUAGAGGUUCAACCAUGUUUCAAUCGAGAUGUUAUAACAGAGCUCUCGGACCAGGCAACAACCAGCCUUCUCGAGCUAGAGGCUUGGGCAGAGGGGGAGAAUAUCUCUUUUGACAGAAAAGGGGGCGAAGGUGCUCUCACCGGGCGUUUGCUUGGCACAGACGAGAGCGAUGCCGAUGCCGAAUUUCUGAGAGCUAUCUUUUCCGAGAAUACUACCGUUUUGAAGGAGUGGAUAGCUCGAUUGGAGGGAUCUGGAAACGCGCGUGAGAAGGUCACUAGAGCCUUUCUUGCCGCUAUUCCCGAAGGUUCCGAGGAGUCACUUGGAGUGCUUAUGGAAACCAACCUAAUCGAUUAUCAUUCAGAGGAUGAGAUCAAUGAGAGAAAUUGUCUUCACGAAGCUGCAAACGCUGGUAGAAUGUCAAUUCUCAAGGUUGGAUUACAGCAAGGGGUGGAUGUUGCUCGAGCUGAUGUUUAUGGUCGAAUACCAUUACACUAUUCCUGCAUUCAUGGACACGUUGAAAUGGUACAGAUAUUGGUUGAUGUCAAGCCGUCGACGAUCGAUGCCAUGGACCACGAUAAUUUCACUCCGUUGAUACACGCUAUAACACAGAACAAACAGCAGUGUGUCUCUAAAUUGAUUGCCUGCAAUGCACGGAUAGAUCCGAGGCAUGAGCAGGACUAUAUUCCGCUCAACUUGGCCUGCCAGUAUGGCCUUUGCGAGAUUUCGGAAAUUCUCCUCAAACAUAAUGCUCGUAUCUUACCAGACGCAGAAGGCCUUUACCCCCAGCACCUAGUCGCAAGAUCUGGCGAGUCAGUACGGCUUCUGAUGUUACUAAAACAGUAUGGAGCGAACCUAAAUGAGGUGGACAAGUUAUUUCAAUGGACGGCUGUGUUCCAUGCUGCAAGCGAAGGGCAUGUAGAAUGCCUGAAAGCUCUUCUAGAGAGCGGUGCUAGGAGUGACAUUUUAGACGAGAAAGAGCUUUCUGCCAUGUAUUAUGCAGCUUGGGAGGGUCAUCUCGAGUGUAUGCAACUUCUUUCGGCAGCAGGUGGAGGACUUGGUAUCGUCGGAACCUUUCCUCAUAAACCAUCACCUGCUUCAAUUGCCUCAACGCAGUCUGGAACACAUAUGACUAUUGACUCCGACGGAAUUCCCGAUCUCUCUCUUCCCCCUCCCAUCCUUCCUCUGCGUCGAUAUGGGCACAAUUUCCUUGAAAACAAGACCUUCGUUCAGCUCACUUUCCACGAGGCGGGUACUGAGCCAAUACUCUUUUACCAGGACGACAAAUAUCCCGCAGCUAGACUCACUAUAUCAUCGAAGUCAUCGGAUCUCAUUCCCCGAAAUCUCCUCCUUCCUCUCAGCGAGGAUCUCAAAACAAUAUCCUUUCAAAUUGAUACAUUGGAUCAAUUUACCAUAGAUUUCGACAUAUACCCAACCUUUGGGUCUAAGGUGAUUGCGCGGACGAUUGCUUUACCGAAUACCUUUAGCUCAAGUAGCUCUGGUCAUUGUGUUUUGCCGCUUUUCGACCCUCGCCUUCGGGCUAUGGGGCGAAUAUCUUUCGAUUUCCAAAUAAUCAAGCCUUUCCAAGGUGUUCCACUGGAGAUAACCCAUUUUGCAACUUAUUGGAAAGCUACAAGUCAAUUUGAGUCUCACCCGAAUGCACUUAUUACUGGAUCAUCCCUAUCCGGAGAGUAUGUCCGUCUUUACAUCCAGCUCACCAGAGAUUGCGUUCCUGUAUUAUACCCUAGAUGGACAAUACCCUUCGGUGAGCUUGAGGUCCCUGUUUCUCAGGUUAGCUUCGCUCAAUUUCAAAAAGUUGGUGCUCAGUCUGGUGUGGGCAUCAAGCAAAAGCUAUUGGCAGUCAACAAUCUUUCGGAAGCUUAUCUCAUACUGGCAUACUCGUUUACUGGCCUCAACGAAGUUCUGUCAAUUCUACCCAGUGAGGUGCACCUUGACCUUAACAUUAUCUAUCCGACCUUUGCCGAAGAACAAGAGUAUGGAUUGACGGCCACGCCGAAUGUUAACACCUGUGUCGACGCUAUAUUAAAUACCGUAUUUGAUCAUGCCAGAGCAUUGAAGCAAACAUCACAUGAUUUAACAAGAUCUAUUGUCUUUUCUUCAUCGAAUUCCAAUGUUUGCACCGCGCUUAAUUGGAAGCAACCAAAUUACCCAGUGUUUUAUUGUAAUGAUCUUGGGAAAGAGCCAGGAGACGAUUUGAACGAAGUAGCCUCAAGCGCCAGGAGUUGUACGUCUAUCAAGGAGGCUGUUAGAUUUGCAUCGAACAACAAUUUAAUGGGACUCAUAUGUUCUUCUCGACUCUUAGAUAUUGUGCCGGCCCUUGCUCAGAGUGUAAAGGUCGCGGGCUUGGUGUUGGUUGCUCACACCGCAAAUGAUCCAUCCCCAGCUAUUCUCGCAUCUGUCGAUGGUGUUCUAAGGAAAGAAGGGGUUUUAAAGUUUGAGGAGACAAUUGAUAUGUGA